AUGUGGCAAGAGCAAUCUGCUGGUGGUGACAUGGAUGUUCAAGGUCAUUUAAAGAACCUAGUGAGUCCACUGUUUCUGCCAACUCUGGUGAUACUAGCUGACGUCUUCAAUCAGUCUGUGUUCGCUAGUGAAGCAGCCCAGUCUGACAUAUAUCCACUAUGGGAUGACAAAGCAAAUGUCGAUAAAUUUCUUGGCAACAUCAACAGAAUGAAUGAUCUUCCUGUGUUGGAAAACCCACUGAACAGGAGGCUUCAACGUCAUCUUCUAAGUAUAUUGCCACAGGUCAUUUCGCACUAGAUGCAAAUACACCUGACCAGCAGGUAAACAUCAUGCAAUAUGACAUGCGUUUCCAACCACUGCUAAGAAAUCAGCAACACCGCCAGGAGUUAACACCAGAGGACAUCAUUGAAACAGUAUUGUGGGAAGGGGCAACAUUCUUGGCACAGGGUGAACAAGAACAAGAUAUCAUCAAGAUGUUUGAAAUGAAAUCUUUCGACUUUCAUGAUCCAGGGAGCCUAAGUCACCAAUUCAAUGAUGAAUUUGUUUCUGUUGCCAGCCAUCUUAAUAAAGGACAGUUUUCAUUCCCCAGAAAUCUGUGUAGUCCGCUAUGUGGUGAG